UCUCACUUACACACACUUACACACACACACAUUGAGCAGCAGGCUUUGUUCUGGAGUCCAGCACGAGUCUGUGCUUAGGACAGAAUACAAAACAUAGAAGCCUCCACUUUGGUUUUCUAAUUGGAUGAAACAUCUGGGCUUCGACUGGGCUUCCCUGUGACCAGACUUUUGUUUCUGCAGGGACGGCGGGCGACUGCAACUGUUCACUCGGACAGAAGUGAAGUUCCCAAAAGGUCUGAGCUGAUCCAGGAAUAACGCUCACUAUGCGACUCGUCACUGUUUUGCUGCUGUUGGUUCUGGUGUGUUUAGUGGCUGGGGCAAGGAGCGGAAAGAAACAACGACAAGAAAGAUCUCAGCGCAGAAACAAGUUGAACUCUGUUAUACAUUUUCCAGGUGGCUGCAAAGAGUAUGUAGAGAAUGGGGAUAAGUAUCUUGACUGCCAGGACUGUCAAUUGACUGCUGUCCUGCUCGGUUGGCCAGAGGAUAUCGACCACCUUUUGCUGGCACAGAACAGAAUAAAUGUGCUCCGAGAUAAGACCUUCAGUCAUUUUCAUAACCUGUUUACUUUGGAUUUGCAGCUGAAUGAAAUUUCACUAAUUGAGGAAGGUGCUUUCAGUGGUCUCAGUAAGCUCACCACCCUACUUCUACAGCACAACCAGCUCCAAUUUGUUUCUGAAGCCAUGCUCAUACCCAUGCCCCGACUUAGACACCUGCGCCUUCAUGACAAUCCAUGGACAUGCAACUGCCAGCUGGACAGCCUUGUCCGCUUCCUGCAGGUGCCAAGCAACCGCUACAUGGGUAACUUUGCAAAAUGUGCAGAACCCACAGAUUUGUGGGGGCAGAAGCUGAAGAACAUGAAUCCCAGGUUGCUGUGCUUACCACGCAUGCAGUCGCAAUUUCUUCUACCAAGACAUCAUUCUGAAUCCUCACUGCUGUGCGACACUCAAGAUUCUCCGAAACCACUGGUUGACUGCAGGGGCAGAGGGCUGAAGGUGGUGCCACCUGAUAUCCCAGAAAACACUGUGAAAAUGGAUCUUGCUUUUAACAACAUAACGGAGCUGAAGCCUAAAGAAUUCGUAAACAUCAAAGACUUAAAGCUGUUGAACCUUAGCAGCAACGGUCUGAGGAGCAUAGACACAGCUGCAUUUGCUGGACUGUUGCACUUGAGAGAGUUGGACCUCUCUAACAACAGUCUGCACUACUUUAAUUAUGGUGUUCUGGAAGACCUUUACUACCUCAGGACACUGUAUCUAGUUGGCAACCCCUGGACUUGUGAUUAUAAUAUUCAUUACCUGAUCUACUGGCUAAAGCACCACACUGCAGUGGAACACACAGGCCUGGUGUGCAGUGAGCCGGAGGAAUUCCGAGGUUGGUCUGUUGAAAGCUAUGUCAAGACCUACAAUGAUGAGUGUCCCAAAGGCAUGCAGCUGGACCUGCACAGAACUGGUACUACAGACAUCACAUCACAAGAGUUGAUUGCGGAGAUUGGUGAGGAUCCAGACCUGCUGCCCAGCCCACUACAAAAUAAGGAACACAAGCUGGAAGAGUUUAAGAUUUUCCGUCUGAAUUAAAAAAACACCACUACUAGAGUAAUGAUUCCUGAUAAAUUGCAAUGUUCUGCAAUAUUCUCCUAUAGAACAAGUUUAAUUUAGUCUGCACUUGAUCAGGGAAGAAACCUUCUAGAUCCUCGUUAUUGUUGUUACAGAUAUAAUGGCCUUUCAUCUUUCUAUGUUUUUUAUUUUGUAAAAAAAAAAAAAUCAUAAUGUAUUUUUUCUACUAUUGGAUUUUUAGUUAAUAAAAAAGAUCGUUUUUUUUCUAC